AUGACAACACCUCAACAGUCAGAUACCAAGGGAGUUGACAAUGGGGGAGAACGACAACGAAAUAGUAUAGCCGAGUCCCUAGGCGGACGAGGAUCGGUAUCAGUCACCAUGGAGCCACGGCACAACAAGUUGGGCAGCAUCUCGGGUGUCUACAUCCCUGUUUUUCUCAAUAUCAUGAGUAUUCUCAUGUUUUUACGAUUCGGUCAAAUCAUUGGGAAAAUCGGCUUCGCGGGCAUCCUCGGACUUCUAGUUACAGCUUACUCCAUUGACUUAUUGACGACGCUUUCUCUAUCGGCCAUCGCAUCCAAUGGAGAAGUCAAGGGCGGUGGUGCAUACUACCUUAUCUCGCGGUCUCUGGGACCUGAGUUUGGUGGUUCCAUUGGAAUCCUCUUCUAUCUUGCUCAAGUUCUCAAUGCAAGCAUGAACGUUGUUGGUCUUAUUGACUGUGUUAGACUGAAUCUCGGCGCGGCUUUCCCCUCAGGUUACUGGACUGGCUAUGGCCUCCAAACAGCUGCCCUGUUGCUUUGUACUGGUCUUUGUUUCCUAGGAUCUGCAACUUUUUCGAGGGCCUCCAAUGCUCUGCUUGCCAUCCUCAGCUUGGCCAUUGUCAGCAUCCCGGUCUCUGCUGUCUUCAAGGCUCCCUUCCAUGAUAGGGAUCUCGGGAUUCAUUUCACCGGACCUAGUCUUGAUACCCUGACCGACAACUUUCUUCCUCACAGCGGCCCUCAGUUCAAAGGCCUCGAAACGUUUCGUGAUCUGUUUGGCAUUCUAUUUCCUGCUACCUCAGGAAUCUUCGCGGGUGCAUCCAUGUCUGGAGACCUCAAAGACCCAAGCAGAUCGAUUCCUCAUGGAACGCUCUGGGCAAUGUUGACAACCUUCAUCAUUUACUUUGUCGUAAUCCUUUCACUGGCUGCGAGUACAACUCACACAUCUUUCCUGGCCAACGACAACGUUAUCCCUCUCGUCAACCUCUCCCAACCUGUCAUCCUCGCUGGUGAAUGUGCAGUCACCUUCUUCUCCGCUCUUAUGGGCCUGAUCGGUGCCUCCAAGCUGUUCCAAGCUUUUGCAAGGGAUAAGCUUCUUCCAGGCCUCGGCUUCUUCAGCAAGGGCACAAAACAUGGUGACGAACCUAUUUACGCUUUGCUCCUGACUUAUGUCAUUGCACAAUUGGCGCUCUUCGCCGAUCUCAAUCAGAUCGCUACCUUUAUCUCUAUGGGAUAUCAGAUGACUUUCUUUGUCAUGAAUUUAGCUUGCUUCCUUCUCAAAGUCGGAUCAGCCCCUAACUUCAGGCCAAGCUUCAAGUUCUUCACCUGGCAAACUGCUUUCCUUGCCGGCAUCUUGUCAGGCUUUGCUAUGUUCUUCAUCGAUGAGACCUAUGCUGCUAUUGCUAUCACAGUACUUGUGUUGCUAUUCCUCCUCAUUCAUUACCUCAGCCCUCCUAAGCACUGGGGCGAUGUCAGCCAGAACUUGAUCUAUCAUCAAGGGUCGCUUUACAUUCUUGGCCAUGUCAUCGUGACCGACGACUUCAACUCAGGGGUUCAUGAAGCUCGGCUUCAACAGCAUGCCUGGACAAAAUACAUCAAUGAGUUCUCCAAGAUCAAGGCUUUUGUGCAGCUAACAAUGUCGCCCACCAUCACUUGGGGUAUCCGCAAUCUGAUACUAUCAGCUGGCCUCGGUGGAAUGCGUCCCAACAUUGCUGUGCUUGGGUUUUACAACAUGGAGGAACUGCGGAAAUCAAACCCGAAGCUACGCGUACCUGAUGUUCCCGUAUCUUUGUCCAGUCAAAUGCGACGGCCCGCUAAGUCAAAUGGCAAGGCCCCCGAAAGGCCUCGGAGACGAAGGGGUGACACGUCAGCAAGGCUCAUGGAGGGCAUCCUACCAACAGAUGUUAUUCGUACCGAGAAUAUGAUGUCUCCAAAAGAGUAUCUGACUAUAUUAGAGGACCUUGCGUUGCGAUAUCGACUCAACAUUGCAGUGGGGUGUGGCUUUGAAUCGCUCGAGACGCCAAGAAAGGACGGAAACAACACCAAAAAGUACAUCGACCUAUGGCCUAUCCAGAUGUCGGCCGAGGUUACUUCUGACGGAAAGAGUUUGCUGACCACCAACUUUGAUACAUACACCCUCAUUUUGCAGCUGGGGCAUAUUCUUCACAGUGUGCAACUCUGGAAGCAUGUUUAUACGCUUCGGGUCAUGGUGUUUGUGGAAUACGAGAGUGAGGUCAACGAAGAGCAUGCUCGGGUUCUGGCACUUCUUGAGAAAUUAAGAAUUGACGCAGAGGUCAAAGUAUUUUGCUUGGCAUCAGGCAGCCUAAAUACUUACGAUCUCAUCGUCAAUGGGAUAGGUAGCGACAUCGAUUGGGAGAUCGUUGUCAACGAUGCACUCCGCAACGAAGAGUGGUGGGAUGAUGUGCAGAUGUUCCGAGGCCGAUCAGACAACAUGACUUCUACCCAGGAGCUGGAUCAGCUGGAGCACAUAUAUGAUACGAUAUCUGGGAGGCCUGGUUUGUAUAACCCUCAUGAGGAAAUAUACGAUCGUCGACGUGCUAGCACGACGGAUGUUCCCGAAUUACCAAGACGGCCGGCUAUUCGGAUGCUUUCAAAGAUGGGGGUUAGUAUGGGAAUUCACACACACCAUCUCCCCGAUGGCGCAUUAGAUGAAACGGAUAACGAGGAUGACGAGGCAGAAGACUCGCAAGCAGAACUUCUUGAUGACGAAGAAAUGGGGUACAGUUCUAUACUAGACCGUGAGUCGAUUGACGAAACAAACAUCGGCCCGAGUGAUGCAGCUCGCCAGCCAUUGUUGGCGGGUGGGGAUUCUCAUGAUGAGGAUGGCAGAGUGCGUGGUGACUUCUGGGAAAGCUUUGGCCGAAGGUCCAAGUCGGACACAGUUGGCGAUGCGGUCGGGACAAGUACGUCGUACGGUACAAUGUCAUCGUCUGCGACAGUAAAGGGAGUUGGCGCUGGCGUUGGUGGAGUCCAGACAUCACAGUCGGCAUCAGCAUCAGCCUCUCAAGUGGUACCAGAAUCAUCAGCAACACAGACGAGCCAACGACCACUUGGAGGCAGCACAGACUCUGCCCCGGAAGAGUUUCCCCCUCUUGUCUCGCGAGACUCGCUAGGACCCUCGGCAGCCUUCAGUCGUGUACGCCCCCCAAGCCCUACGCGAGAAGACACUGCGCGCCCGUAUCGCAGCGGUGCGUCAACACCAGGAAGACCAAAUCUUUCCAGGCAGUCCUCGGCCGUGAAGUUCUCUAGCCGCCCGGUCCCGGAAACAAAGAUCGUGGCCUCGGAAGCAGAGGGGUCCACGAUAAGCUUUGCGCCGCCCUCUAGCACCGAAUCUGAGACUCCCAAGGCCGGACCGUAUCGACCGAGCUAUUCGCGGCAAUCGUCGCUGGGAAAGUUCCCGAACAGAUCCCGGUCUAGCGGUCAAUUGUUGGCCGGCGAGGAGAGCAGAAAAGUCAGUUUCGCGGAACAGUCUGACUGCGAGCCAUACUCAACGCAUCAUUCUCGAUUCCAUUCGCGGCGGAAUUCUCGAGGAUCUACACAAGGAGGGGGCGAAUCCUAUGACCAAAUUCCAGAAAUGCUUGAAAGAUACAGAUUAAGUUCACAUCUAGAGGAGGAAGGUCAAAAUUCGGGUUACACGCCGCAGGGAUUGGAGCUCUCUUUCAACGAGCUUCCAAGCAGAGCACAGCAUCUCAUUGUGAACGAAUUGAUGCGUCAGCAUUCCAAGGAGACAGCUGUUCUUCUCAGCACGCUGCCAAUUCCUUCGGAGGGCACUUGCUUGGAUGAAGCUUCUACUAUACAGUAUCUGUCUGAUGUCGAAGUUCUGUGCAAUGAGCUGCCACCAACGCUGUUGGUUCUGAGCAACAAUAUGACAGUGACUGUCAACCUAUAG